CCUAGUUGGUACCAGUAACUUGUCAUUCGUUUCGUUCAGUCAGUCAGUACAUUUCUGUCAGUGUCGUGAAAAUCGAAAUUCGUCGACGUCUCGCGUAAAUUCUCAAAUUAAUUUUAUCUCAAACGUAAUCCAGAUACAAUGGGUGUUCCUGCGGGCAACUCUGAAAAUGGAAAAAAAAUCUUCGUGCAAAGAUGCGCACAGUGCCACACAGUUGAAUCUGGUGGCAAGCACAAGGUGGGCCCCAACCUCCACGGCAUGAUAGGCCGCAAGACUGGCCAAGCUCCAGGUUUCUCUUACUCAGAUGCCAACAAAGCCAAAGGUAUCACCUGGAAUGAUGAUACCCUGUUUGAGUACCUUGAGAACCCGAAGAAGUACAUCCCUGGCACCAAGAUGGUGUUCGCCGGUCUGAAGAAGCCUAAUGAACGUGCAGACCUCAUCGCCUACCUCAAGGAAGCUACUAAGUAAACUUAAGACACUAGGAUUUUUUUGAAAUAAGGAGCAUUUUCCAUUACAUUACUGGAUGGUACUUCUUAUUUUGUAGCCCAAUCAGUAUCAUAUGCAAUAUUUGACUUUGCACUGUGAAUGUUGCACACGAUUAGGAACUAUUUACAAGUACACACUCAUCAUGUCAUUUAGGUGGUAAUUUUUGUGAGUACAAGAUGAAUGUAUUCGAAAUAUUCACUUAGCUUUAUGUCAUCAAUGUGAGUGAGUAAUGUUAUAUUAAAUUUAUAAUAGACAUAUUUAGCAUUUUAUUUGUAAUAGUUCCAGUCUGAUAGCAAAUUUCAAUUUAAUUUAUUUGAAUUUAACAUUAUAACAAUGUUACCAAUAGUCUAUAGUUACGCUGUGAAGUAUUUAAAUUAACUGUUAAUUAAAAUAAACCAAAUUAAUCCACAA